ACACUGUAGCCAUCUGCAAACGAGUAUUUCUUUCGUGAAGUAAUUAACAUUCCUAAUCAGAUGCACCUUGCAGCUGCUGUUAGUCUUCACUGGCAAUAAUGCAGCUGCAUUUUGUUACAUAUCUUCCGAAUAGUUACGGGGGGGGGGGGGGAGAUAAAACUGUUCCCACACAGUUCAGAGAGUUCGCACAAAGAAGAUCCCAUGGCAACAGCGAGGCCCACAGUUUGCCUUAUAUAUAUAUAUAUAUAUAUAUAUAUAAAGAUCCAAGAAUAGAUAAUGCAUCAUCUCUUGUAAAACGCCACUUCACUUCGGAAACUGGAGGGAAAAAAUCUACUGAGCUCGCCGUUUAAUCACAUGCCCAGCGUCCAUCGCCUGCUCGCCACGCUCCUCCUCUGGAAAGAGCAGCGAAAAAUCAAGUGGUGCCAAUGUACCGUGUGUUCUACAUGAGUCACUGCCUACGAAGAUAGAUCCCUGCUCUUUGGGACUUUUGUCCAGGAUCCUUUCUGACGGGUCCCCCCCCCCCCCCGCCGCGAAAAAAAUCAGCUCUCUAAACGAAUGCGUGCAAAACGGUGGUUGUGUGUGGAUUGGUUAGUACUAAAGUAUCCAUUGGGUGGCAGCAACAGUAUCUUCUUUGACUUGCAGCAAGCCAGAGAAUGCAUUCAAUCAAAUAAGCCGAUCUUGUAGAAACACUGGAAUCAUUUAUGCAUUGCAGUUUCUCUCUCUCUCUCUCCCUCCCUCCCUCUCUCUUCCUUAGGAUAUUUUGGGUGGAUUGUGGUUAUUAAUCAAGACCUCCUGCUAUUUGUUGUUCACUUGUCAUUUUCACUGAAGAUGAGCAUAGGGCAAACCGGCGUCUGAUUCUUCCCCCCACCCCCUUUUUUUUUUAAUUUGGAGAUUUAUUUAUUUUUUAUUUAUUUUAUUUUUUUCCUAGUGGGAGUGCUAGGACCCAGGAGACAUCCUUUCAUACAGCAGGGGCUGUGUGCUUUCCACAUAGCAGUACAGUACAAGGAAAACCCCAUCGUAUCCGUUAUUGCAGGAUACUUGUGAAAUAUACACAGGAUUCUUUCUUUCUUAUUGCUGCAUCCGAGAUCGGGAAAUUUUGCAUGUGCAGCAAGAGGCUUUGAAAGGCUACACGCACAGAGAUUUGCAAUCAAGACUCCUUUUCUUGUCCUAGAGCUCUCUAGACUUGUGUGGUUCUCAGUCUUUUCCUCCGUCCUUCCCCCCCCCCCCUUUUUUUUUAAAAUUAAUUUCUGCUUUACACCUGGAUCGUAUCUUCGCGAGCAAACUGGGCACUUUCAGAACUAACGGGAGCGAAUCUUGCAGGGAAUCUAAGUCUAUAUGGAAUUAUCUGCUUUGAUGGUGAACUUGGCACUUGUGAAUGGGCAUCUGGUUCGAAUUAUUAAUUGCUAGCAAAAAAGAGGAGUAAAAAACGUGGAUUCAGCGAAUACGCAUUGUGAUGACCAAUUAUCUUAUUGACUGAUAUCAAGAUCAGAAUAUAUUGGAAGACUCUUGUGGGGAGCAGCCUUUAAGAGCUGGAAGAUGAAAGCUCCUAUUCCACACUUGAUUCUCUUGUAUGCUACUCUUACUCAGAGCUUGAAGGUUGUGACCAAAAGGGGCUCAGCUGAUGGAUGCACUGACUGGUCGGUGGAUUACAAGAAGUAUCAAGUUCUAGUGGGAGAACCUGUUCGUAUAAAAUGUGCAUUAUUUUAUGGCUAUAUCAGAGCGAAUUACUCUCUAGCACAAAGUGCUGGUCUUAGUUUGAUGUGGUACAAAAGCUCUGGACCUGGAGAUUUUGAGGAACCUAUAGCUUUUGAUGGAACUAGAAUGAGUAAAGAAGAGGAUUCUAUUUGGUUUCGGCCAACAGUGGUGCAAGACAGUGGUCUUUACGCAUGUGUUAUAAGAAAUUCUACUUACUGUAUGAAAGUCUCCAUCUCGCUGACAGUGGGUGAAAAUGACACAGGACUCUGCUACAAUUCAAAGAUGAAGUACUCUGAAAAAGCUGAACUUAGCAAAAGCAAGGAAAUCUCAUGCCCUGACAUAGAGGAUUUUUUAAUUCCAUAUAGAGAGCCUGAAAUCCUGUGGUAUAAGGAAUGCAAGGCAAAAACAUGGAGACCGAGUAUUGUGUUCAAAAAGGACACUCUCAUCAUCCGGGAGGUUAGAGAAGAUGACAUUGGAAAUUAUACUUGUGAGUUAAAAUACGGAAUCUUUGUUGUCAGAAGAACUACAGAAUUAACAGUUACAGCACCACUAACAGAUAAACCACCAAAGCUUUUGCACCCUUUGGAAAGUAAGCUGAUGAUUCAGGAGACCCAGCUAGGCAAUUCUGCUAACCUAACCUGCCGAGCUUUCUUUGGAUACAGUGGAGAUGUCAGUCCUUUAAUUUAUUGGAUGAAAGGAGAGAAAUUUAUUGAAGAUUUGGAUGAAAAUCGAGUCUGGGAAAGUGAUAUUAGAAUUAUUAAGGAACAUCUUGGAGAACAGGAAGUUUCCAUCUCAUUAAUUCUCGACUCGGUGGAAGAAGGGGACCUAGGAAAUUACUCAUGUUAUGUUGAAAAUGGAAAUGGACGCAGACAUGCCAGCAUUCUUCUACAUAAGAGGGAGCUGAUGUAUACAGUUGAGCUUGCUGGUGGGCUUGGUGCUAUUCUGCUGCUGCUUGUUUGUUUAGUGACUAUCUACAAGUGUUACAAGAUUGAGAUUAUGCUCUUCUACAGGAAUCAUUUUGGAGCUGAAGAGCUAGAUGGAGACAACAAAGAUUAUGAUGCAUAUCUAUCCUAUACCAAAGUGGAUCCAGACCACUGGAAUCAAGAAACUGGGGAAGAAGAACGAUUUGCUCUUGAGAUCCUACCAGAUAUGCUUGAAAAGCAUUAUGGGUACAAGUUGUUCAUACCAGAUAGAGAUUUGAUUCCCACUGGAACCUACAUUGAAGAUGUGGCAAGAUGUGUAGACCAAAGCAAGCGACUGAUCAUCGUCAUGACUCCAAAUUAUGUGGUAAGGAGAGGCUGGAGCAUCUUUGAACUGGAAACCAGGCUUCGGAACAUGUUAGUCACUGGAGAAAUUAAAGUGAUAUUGAUUGAAUGCAGUGAACUCCGGGGAAUUAUGAACUACCAGGAGGUCGAGGCCCUGAAACAUACCAUCAAGCUUCUAACUGUCAUUAAAUGGCAUGGACCAAAAUGCAACAAGUUGAAUUCUAAAUUUUGGAAACGUUUACAGUAUGAAAUGCCUUUUAAGAGGAUAGAAUCCAUCACACAUGAGCAGGUUUUAGAUGUCAGUGAGCAGGGGCCCUUUGGGGAACUGCAGACGGUCUCAGCCAUUUCAAUGGCUGCUGCCACCUCCACUGCUCUUGCAACUGCCCAUCCAGAUCUGCGCUCCACCUUUCAUAAUACUUAUCAUUCACAGAUGCGCCAGAAACACUAUUAUCGAAGCUAUGAAUACGAUGUACCUCCUACUGGCACCCUGCCUCUUACCUCAAUAGGUAACCAGCAUACCUACUGCAACAUCCCUAUGACACUUAUCAAUGGGCAGCGGCCGCAGACAAAAAGUAACAGAGAGAAAAAUCCAGAUGAGGCUCACACAAACAGUGCGAUACUGCCCCUCUUGCCACGGGAGACCAGUAUUUCAAGUGUCAUUUGGUGACAGAAAUGCAAGGGGGGACCCUAACCCCCUUGAGUAGGAGCUAAGUGUGCAGUCUGGUGCCUGGAACUACAUCCUCGACUGCUGCUGUUAAACAUGCAUUACAAUCUAUAAAAUACGAGGAAAAACAGGGUCUUGUACAUAUGUUUUUUGCAGUUUCUUUGUAGCAUCAGUCUUCCUGUUUUACCCAUGUCUCUUGCCAUUCACAUUUUUGACUUUGUUUUAUACAUCAUUGGAAUUUGUAUAUUACGUUUUUUUUUAAAUGAAGAGACUGCUGUAUAGAUAGGAAAUCUUUUUUGCUCCAUUAGUAUAGGUUUUAGAAUUUUUUUAAACAUUUCUUGGGAAUGCUUGGACGAAGCUACGUUAAUAUCAGAAGCACCAUCCAUUUUGUUGGCCUGCCUAGCCUGAUACAUGAAGGCCAUGCCUGCUGCAUUUCACCGUUGUGAAGAACCUUUGUUCUUAGGAGGACCCCGCCAAUCAUUCUGAGCUCCAAUUUCAUUGCUUAUCCCAUGACAACACUCUUUUCUCCCACUUCCCCUUAUGAUGGUCCCGUGCUGGGUAACACUACAGACAGUCUGAUCAUCUAACAUUUAACUCAGUAAAUGCUUUUCAGACAACAAGAUAUACCCAAUAUGUAUCAAUUGCCUCACAGUAACCACUACAGAGUGUGUAGAAAGUAGCGUUUGUUUUUGUUUUAUGGAUGAGUUGAUUUUAUUUAUAUAAAGCAACAACCCUAAUUUGAUCA